AACAGGGUCCCCCUGUAUUGUUUUUGCUGCUCUCCAGCUUUGCAAGACCUUUGUGGGGGCCAGCAACUCCUGGACUCAGCCCAGUGGAGUGUGCAUCAUUUUGUCUGUGCUCCUUGCCUUUCUGUUACAUGUUUCCUUCCUGCCCAGUUUGAGGUCCUGAGCGUGGGUCCCUUAAGCUCCAUAGGUAGUGCCUGAGGUCAAGAAAGGAUUCGAGGCGCCACGGUACUUCACAGAUAAAGUAGCAAAGGGCUUUGCAGAGGAGAGGCAUGACCCUUAACAUAACAUCCUUGUGCUUACACAGCACAUCUGAAAGACUACAGCUAAGCACAGCUGUCGUGGUUACACCCUGUUGAUCAGAGUUUCUGUGAUUUCACCGUGAACAGGGUCAUGACGUUGUGAUACACCCAAGGAGACAGUGGAACAAAGAGGGUCCCAGGUCCCAGAACAGCAGCACAGCAUUUGAAUCAAGGAUGGUAACAUUCCGAAGAAGCCAUCCCUGCUGCUUCUGUUUCCACGUCAUGCCGCUGCCAAGCGACAAGCCUUCCUAUCACUACAAGCUCUUCUGCGGCGAGUACGAGUGCAUAGAGAAUGCGAUAAAGCGGCUUGAGGCCAGCGGAUUUUACUGGAGCACCCUUCCUGGAGCAGAGGCCAAGAGACUUCUUACUAUGCAGCCUGUUGGUGCUUUCUUAGUACGGGACUCUUCUGACCAUCGUCACCUGUUCACACUCAGUGUCCGGACUGAGGCAGGAAUUACAAACCUGCGCAUCAAACAGAAGGAUUGCCUCUUCUACUUAGAGACAGACCCUGGCACUGAAAAGCCUCACACCUUUGACUGUGUGGUUAAGUUAGUGGACCAUUAUGCAUCUCAGGCAACCGAUGGCCUCAGUGAGGUGACCUUCUGCUACACUGAAGGUAAGGAGUGUACAGUCCCACUGAUUCUUAAUAAACCACUCAACUGCCGAGUGGUAACAUUGCAGGACCUGUGCAAACGGACUAUUGUGAGAAACCUCCAACCAAGAGCUAGUGGGAGUGGAUCAGAAAUUGUGGAGGGCCUACCAGUUCCAAAGACAAUGAAAGAUGCUCUGAAAAAUUAACUACUAGCUAUCAACAAGGAAAGCUCUGCAUCCUGGGAACCUGUUGGUCAUAUAGUGGAAACGUAUAAAAUUACUCAGUAAUGUCUUACAGAAGUGUUCAGCAAAGAAACUGCCCGUCAAGAAAAGUGAACUCUGAAGGCAUAGAAGGAGCAGAAGCUGAGACCCACCAAGUAUAGACGUCCAGUGGAAGAGAGUUUCUGUCCAUGACAACACUGUUUCCAAAGCAGUCAACACAGCCAGCAAAAUGAUCUCCAUCCUUAGAAUGACAGCAACAUAGGUGUUAACUUAUCCUAGACUGAACUGGAUAACAUCUUAGGACAAAAGAACUUAUCCUAGACUGAACUGGAUAACAUCUUAGGACAAAAGACUUUUAUAGUGGUGAUAAUAGGAAAAAAAAAGGGAAGAAAGAUGAUCAGCACAGACACCAGGCAGUCCUUACAUAUGCAUUAUGUUGUUGCAUUGCAUUCUUUAAGAAAAAGCUAUAUUCUGCUAGCCACUAAAUGUUAUCUGAAGAUUUGGAUUACUGAUUGUGCUUGCUGGCUGUAUUCAUCUGACUCCAGACCUCAUGUUACUUGAUAGUGUAUGUUUGUUUGUCUUUUCGGCUUUUUCCUGGUUAGGGGUCGCCACAGCGGGACUCCGGUCCGCUAAUGAUUGGCAGUACAUUUUUUUAUGGUGCCGAGUUGCCAGCCCGACACCCAACCUUCAGUGAAGGCACACCCAUUCACGCAUGUCUUUAGGAGGCCACUCAACCACAGAUAGUGUAUAAUUUUGUUAAAUACUAGACGCAAAAAAAAAACAUAAGCAGCAUUAAAUCACAGUUCCUUCAUUAGAAAAGGCUCUUGGAAUUGAAACAGCCAUGAGAUUCCUGCAUUGCUGGAACGUCAGGCCAUAUGCUUAGGGGAAAUGUGGCCUAGUUGUAUGGUCAACCAAAUGAGUAUAGUAUUCCACUAAGAUGCCAUGAAAAGGAACAGGCCUUAUUUCCCUUGGAGAAAUACAGGAAGUCUUGUGGAAAAUCAUAUAACUAAUGACAAAUGCACACAAGAUAGAUACCUCCCCCCACCCAUCAACUCCCAAAUAAGCCUUGAAAGGUAGUAGCAUUUGGAAACUGCUAUAAGUACCCAAACCAUAAGUAAAUGGUCCUUUACCACAUGUAACUAUAAGAGGAUUUUGAUUGUUUCUGGUUCAUAUUUUAGUAAUCUAUUAUGAUUUCAUCUAUUGUAUAUACUUUUAACUAAUAUCUGCUAAUGAAGAGGACAUGGACAGUAAUUAAAGGCUAAUAAACUAAUUAUAUUUCUGAAUUUUAAUAUUGCCAUUUGCCUUUCAUGUCCACUGCAUUUUCCCCUUUUAAUUAUUAAGAAGCUGCUUUACCUGAUAUGAGAAGUAGGUUGCUGAAAAGAACAGCACAGUGUUUGGAACAGUCAUUUCUGUUUUUUUUACCAUCCAUGUCUUGGGCUCUGCUGACUGUCGAUGGUUUGGCAUUGUAAUUCCUGUGUGUUAUACCUACAAAGGUUUGCACGUUUGAUGAAUGGCACACUUAGCAUCCCCCCACACUCUUUAAAAAAGUCUCCCCUAAUUUGCAGAGAUAUAAAUUCACCCUCCUCCAUGUAAAGUUUCACGUAGACAUUUAUGUCUUCCUGCUGCAAUGCCCCCUCCUUAGUCACAACCCUCCCCAAACUCUCCUUAGUCUCACCCUUCAAACUCUCCUUAGUCUCGCCCCUCACCAGACUCUCCUUAGUCUCGCCCCUCACCAGACUCUCCUUAGUCUCGCCCCUCACCAGACUCUCCUUAGUCUCGCCCCUCACCAGACUCUCCU